UCUAUUGAAAUAUUUCCUAAAAGUGCUUUAAGUCACAAGAACUCAUUGACUUGUCUUUUGUUAGACUACAAUAAUUUGUUGGAACUUUCAGAUAGCAUCAAAGAAUUAAAAUGCCUGGAAAUAUUUUCCUUAAAUGGUAACAGCAUAUCAUCAUUACCGAGUGCCAUUGAAUCUUUGGAGAACUUACAGGAAUUUCAUCUAAAUGAAAAUGAUCUCACUGAGCUACCAGAAACAUUUGGAAACUUGCGGAACUUAAAAAAAUUAUAUUUAACUGGAAAUUCUAUAAAGACAUUACCUGAGACUUUUUGCAAACUUGCAUCACUUGAAGAAUUAGUCAUAGAAGAAAAUGGGCUUUCAAGUUUGUCAGAAAAUUUUGGUGAACUGUAUAAGUUAAAAUCUCUACAAGCCAAUGAUAACAAGCUCUUUAGUUUACCAUCCACGUUCGGCAAGUUAAGAAGUUUGGAAAAUUUAGAUUUGAGUAAUAAUCAAGUGAUAAAAUUUCCAGAUUAUUUUGGAGAUCUGAGAAAUAUUAAAAAACUAGACUUAGGUGGAAAUUUCCUCAAUGAUUUGCCUGAAUCAUUUGGUGAAAUGAAGUGUUUAGAAUUUGUGAGAAUUGGUAGUGUUUUGCAUUAUUUGGAAAGGAGAAAUUUUCAAAAUGGAAAUUGGAUUACAGCUAUUCCUACAAGUUUUGGAAGGUUAAGAUUGCUGAAAGAAGUAUUUUUAGAUGAAAAUCAAAUUUAUGAAUUGCCUGAAGAAUUUGGUGGGUUAGUUAGUAUGGAAAUGCUGGAUUUAGGCCAGAACCACUUGCAUGAGUUACCAGAAUCUUUUGGUAAUUUGAAGUCAUUACGAGUGUGUUUAUUAUCUAAAAAUAAAUUACAAUUACUACCUAGUACUAUUGGUCAACUAUCAUCAUUAGAAGAUUUAAGACUGGAUAAUAAUCAUAUUGCUGAAUUACCUGAAUCAUUUAAAGAUUUAACUCAGUUAAAAACAUUAGAUCUGUUUAAUAACCAACUUACAAAAGUACCAGCUUGUCUUAAACAGUUUACACAGUUAGUUAGAUUAGAUAUA